AAUACCGGAUGUGACGUAGGAGAUUUUCUACUUUCUGAACCUUCCUGAACAUGCAUAAAUUAAGAAACUCACAAAAAGAAAAAGUGAAGCAAUUCUGCUCUUUCACUCAGUCUAACGAAAAAAGCGCAAUCACUUGCUUAAGUGCUCAUGAUUGGAAAUUGGAUUUAGCUGUGGACAAUUUUUUCCAGUUUCCCGAGCGUUAUAAUAAGGCAGAAACGAAUUAUAAAAAUACAUCAGAUAAAAAAAAGAUAGAAAGUAUAUUUAGCAAAUACAAAGAUCCUCGGGAGGAUAAUCCUCAAAAAAUUACCGCAGAAGGCAUGCUUCGGUUGCUGGGGGAUUUACAGUUAAAUCCUGAGUCCCGUACUGUUUUAAUACUAGCAUGGAAAUUAAAAGCCAGUAAACAGUGCGAAUUCACAAGGGAGGAAUUCGUUGAUGGCUUAUACCACUUACAAUGUGAUUCCCUAGAGAAGUUACGCAACAGAUGCUCUACGUUAGAAAACGACAUAAAGGAUCCGAACAAUUUUAGAGAUUUUUACCACUUCACUUUUAAUUACGCUAAAAACGAAGGACAAAAGGGUUUAGAUCUAAAUAUGGCAAUAGCUUACUGGAACAUCGUUAUGUCGGGAAAUUUUAAAUUUCUUAAUUUAUGGAUUAAAUUUCUGCAGGAGCAUCAUAAAUGUUCAAUCCCAAAAGAUACCUGGAAUUUACUGUUGGAUUUUAGCAAUCAGAUCGACGAUCAAAUGUCAAAUUACGACGAAGAAGGAGCUUGGCCAGUAUUGAUCGACGACUUUGUAGAGUAUGCAAAACCUAUUGUACAAACAGGUAAUGGAUCUUAGCAACCCAAGAAAAAUGCUUCAGUGAAAGAAAAAAAGACUAAGAAAGUAUUCUUGCGCAAACUGUAACAUUGCGGGUGCUGUGUUACCCAAAAUUGUAUAAAAAAAAUAACAAAAAAAAUUUUACAAUAAAAAAAAAUAUAUAAUAAUAAUAAUAGAAAGAAAUUCUUUCUGUUCUUUUUUUUUUGUUCCUUGUUUUUCC